AUGGAGGACAAAGAUCUCGGUAUAGAUUUCCUAAACACGUGGACCGACGCAAUAAAUACAUUGAGAGAGUCACUGGAACGGCAUGACAUGGAAAGUGUUGAACGAUAUACAUCGUGGAACGAUCUCCAAAGCAUUCUUGUCGGUAGCCACAUGACAUCGAUUUCACCCGAAACGCAUGCUUUAGACCCCUUGAAAGCAUUUUUCGAGUUCUUCGAGACAAGGCUCGGGACAAAUCUCGACACAAAUUUUCUUUGGGGCGCAUUAACGCACCUCUUACGACUUGCUUCACAGCUUCCUCUCCGGCUUGUCGAUGAGAAACAAAAUAUCCUCUACAUGAUAAAAUCGUUGGCCCGUACGGCGGAGACGUUUAUGCUCUGUUGCGAAGAUGCCCGAGUAGUGAACGACUCAAUUAAAAUAAAGUGCGUCGUAGACGACAGUCCGCGAUCAGACGGAAACACAUCCCAGUCAAUUCAAGGUUUUUAUGAAAAAACCGACAAAGAACUCAAAGUCUUAUUAAAACAGGUUGAGGAACAGGCUCGUACCAAAGCAUCAAUUGGUACUCAACUUGUACCUAUUAUUGGCCCCAGUAAUGCAGUGUCCAGAUUACUAAUGCUACCACCUACCAAAACGGACCAACUUUAUGAUAGAGUUGUUGUGUUCCAGAAUCUCGACAAUCUACUGGGCGUACGAGCAGGGACACCUUUUUUCCGGGAGAAAUUUUUCGAUGUCAUUCUGUGGGCUCGUGGAGAGAACUCGGUAUCUUUACGACAGAGCUUCACAGAAAUCGCGAUAAGACUCAAGCUCCCUGGGGCGCAACACCAUGCUCAUGAUGAGAAUCUACUUCUUGUUCAAGACUGGCUCCAGUCCACAAAUUGUAAAUGGCUUAUUGUUUAUGACAACGUGGAAUCAUCUGAGACACUCAUGCCCUACUGGCCAGGAUCGUACCAAGGGAAGGCUAUUAUCACAACCAGUAAUCGAUCGGUAGCCUUCAAGUCUGCUUCGCAUAUCUCGGAGAUUACUUCGUGGGAGGGAAAAGAUGGUACUGGGUUUCUUCUCUUCCUCUUGGAAAACAAGAAUCAUAUUGGGAAGAAUAAGGAGGAGGAAACCGAUUCUGCAAGUAUACUGGCUGAACGACUGGGUGGGCAUGCAUUUGCAAUUAAACAAAUUGCCACUCUCAUCCAUAGUUCACAAUCUUCCAUUCAUGACUUUUUGACUAUGUAUUCAAAAGAUGCCGAACGCGUACACCGCACGGAAGAACUCGGCAAAGUCAUGCAAUGGUCUUUUCAGAAACUGAACAAGAAAAGCCUCUCACUUUUAGGAAUGAUGUCAUUCUUGAAUCCAGAUAUCAUUUCCCAAAACAUUUUCGACGCUGAUGUUAAUCGUGAAUCCUCCAAUGACUUCCUCGAUGCACUGGACGAAUUAAUCAAAUACACGCUGGUCAAGAAGGAUAUAGACACUCGAGUUCUUUCUGUCCAUAAGAUCGUCCAGACGAGAUUUAAAUCCUUUUUAAGCGCGGUACAACGAGAAGAGGCCUUCAACAACAUAGUGGCUCUCCUCUAUAACUCUUUGCCAAAGGAAGACACUCCAACGCCCCAACUGUAUGAGAAUUGGGAAAUAUACGAUAAAUACUUGUCUCAUGUUCUCAAAUUGAGGGACUCCUUCACGGAGGAGAAGAAGAAUUCUGAAUCUUUCAAAGUACAGUGGGAAUUUUGUGAGCUCUGUAUACAAUACGAAAGGUAUCUCUAUGAGAUCAAUGACUUGGCAGAGCUUGAGAUUUUAUGUACCGUCAACUUAACCGCCAUGGCAACCCUCGAAGAUAGUCCACGAAAACAUAGCCUUAACGCGACUAUCAUGUCUCACCAGGCCAACCUAGCCGAAACUCAAGGAAAGGUGGAGAUUGCUAUCAACUUGAAUAAGGAAGUAUACCGCAUACGAUCCGAAGAACUUUCUUUGGAACAUAACUUACUCUGCCAAGUCGCCAAUAACAUUGGAUACUGUUACAAUAGCUCCAACGACCAUACAACUGCUUUAACCUGGUUCCUACUAUCGUAUCAGUCGUUCGAGAAAAGUGAAGAAACAAAAAAUGACUUUUUGCCGGGGAAUAUGGCGAGGUGUAUGCUCUAUCUCAAUCAGCUUGAUGCAGCCUGGGAAAUGCUCGAUAUAGCCAUUCCUCAAUUGGAAAAUUCAAACUCAUCAAAUUGGGCUAUGCUUUCUUACGCAUAUUUUAUCGGGGGGUUGUUGGAACGACGUCAGCACAACUUUCAAUCGGCUGAAGCAUACUUUAAAAAAGCCCAGGGUUUGUGGCUGAAAGGUGACUUAAAGCGUCUUCACCCCUUUAAUGGUGGAUGCAUGUACAAGAUCGGAGCCUGUUGUCUUGACCAAGGCAAAGUUGCAGCUGCAAUUGAACAUAUCGAGGAUUCCAUGACCGUCACCCGUUUUCACAAAAUGAGCAUGCCCGUUGAGCAUGCCCGCAACCUGUUCAAGGCGUCGGAGGCACUACUACAAGAUGACAAGGCCGACAGCAAAGAUAAAGCAGAAAACUACCGAAUGCAGGCGGAAACCUUGCUCAAAAUGAGAAAUCCUGACAUAAUCGCUUGCGAUACAGAAGAUAUUUAUGACAAUUUGAUCCCGAUCUUCUGGAGGUGA